GUGUCGAGGUAAUGGACGAACUGUUGCCUGAAGGCAGACACCACAGGAAGCCAGAGAUCUGAUAUCAUUGACCCCUUUUUAAAGACCUCCAGGAUGUAUUUAGACAACGUGUAACACUUCGCUAAGUUUUAAGCUAUCUAAACACAGAACUAAAAUGGAUCUGAGAGCCAAGCAUGGUUUAACGCUGUUGGAACAGCUCAACCGAAUGCGGGAUGCCGAGCAGUUAACAGACGUGGUUUUAGUUGCUGAAGGUGUAAGCUUCCCAUGUCACCGUGCAGUGCUUUCUGCCUUCAGCCCUUACUUUCGCGUAAUGUUCACCUGUGGCCUGCGUGAAUGUUCCAACCGUCAGGUGGUGUUAAGAGACAUGCCGGCCCCAAGCCUGGCUCUCCUGCUGGAAUACAUGUACAGCUCCAAUCUUCCGCUCACUGCAGACAAUGUGCAGGGCAUCUCUGUUGCGGCUUUUCUUCUACAGAUGGACGAUGUGUUCAGUCGUUGUCAGAUCUACAUGAUUGACAACAUGGAUACUACAAAUUGCUUGGGAAUCUACUAUUAUGCCCGGGAUCUAGGAGCAGAGGAGUUGGCCGACCAGGCUCAGCGCUACCUGCGGCAGCAUUUCACUGAAGUGUGUUAUGGGGAGGAAGUGCUGGAGUUAGAGGCACACCAGCUCGGGGCGUUAUUGAGCUCAGACGACCUCAACGUUUCACGAGAAGAGAGCAUUUUGGAUGUGGUGAUGCGCUGGGUGAAGUACUGUCCCGGAGAUGUUGGGUCAGAGGAAGAGAACCGGGCCAGGCACCUUCCAGAGCUACUAAAGAAAGUACGUCUUCCACUUGUGGGUGUGGAUUACUUGAAAGGGACAAUGAAGCGUAACACAGCACUGCUAGUUGAUGCUGAGUGUCUUCAGAUAAUGGAGGAGGCAAUUGAAGCAGCAAGCUUGGAUUCAGAUGCUCCACCUCGACGACUGAAGCUGCGCUACGGUAUGGAGACUACGGACCUGCUGCUCUGCAUUGGUAAUGAGGGCGGAGGGAUACGCUCACGUUAUGGAAGCUACACUGAGCGCAGCUUCUGUUAUGCUCCCACCACUGGUCGGACACUUUUUAUCACCUCCCCACGAUACGGUGAAGCGCUUGGAUAUGUCUUUGCUGGGGUGGUGACUGAGAAGAAUGAAAUUGUGGUGUCAGGAGAGCUAGGAGCCAGAAAGAUGGCAAGGCAUAAAGACAAAAACGUGGAGAUUUUCAUGUACAACAAGGAAGCCCAGGGCUCCUGGAAGCACUUGAGCUCAGCGGAAUAUCGUGAUUCUUAUGCACUGAGCUCUUUGGGAGAAAAUCUGUACCUGAUUGGGGGCCAGAUGAAGUUGAAGAACCAGUACCAUAUCACCAAUAGUGUUGAGCGCUGGUCUCUACAAGGUGGGCCUUGGCGUAGUACUGCUCCUCUGCCAAUGCCACUGGCUUAUCAUAGUGUAGUUCGGAUGAAGGGCCGCUUAUAUGUGCUUGGAGGACGAACACCUCAGUCAUUCCGCACAGAUGACGAGCCUGACCGUAUGAGUAAUCGCCUGCUUGAAUAUGACCCAGAAACCAACAAGUGGAAUGAACUUGGUCCUAUGAAAUUUUCAAAAUACCGUUGCAGCGCAGUCGCACUCAAUGGAGAAAUCUACGUCCUAGGAGGUAUUGGAUGUGAAGGUGUGGAUCGUGGCCAGUCACGUUACUGCCUUAAUGUAGUGGAGAUCUACAACCCCGAUGGUGACUUCUGGAGAGAUGGUCCUCCUUUGCCAUGGCCUCUCCUGACACUUCGGAGCAAUGCAUCAAACGCUGGUGUUGUUGAUGGCAAACUUUAUGUCUGUGGAUACUACAAAGGGGCAGAUCGUCAUGAUACCAUCACUAAAGACAUCCUCCAGUUGGAUCCAUGGGAAAAUGUAUGGACUGUGGUGGCAAAGCAGGCUCUGAUGCACGACAGUUAUGAUGUGUGUUUGGUGGCAAAUCUGAACCCCCGUGGACUCAUGCCUCCUCCUGCUGACUUGGUAGAGGAAUAACACUCUUCAACAGAUUUCGCAUUAAACAAAUAAUGCCUUUAAUGUCAUUCACAGGAUAAGAGGAUUUAGAUAGAUCUAGAGAGUGUAAAACUUUCUAAAAUAGAUAUGAAUUUGUACUUUAAAAUCAGUUAGGUUUGUAAUGCUGUAUGUGCCUACUUUGAUUUGAUUUACAUUUGUGGAUAUGUGAUGGUAUGAAAUACUCUUACAGGUUAGAUUAAGUAACACUCAGCAAAGUUAUGCUAAAAUGUAAUUUUACUAAACUAUAAUAGUAAAAAUACAUUGCAUGGAGUCACACAAUACAUAUAUGUACUGCAAUUUAUUAAACAUGUUAAAGUUUCAAAC